AUGACUGUAAUACCCGAGGACAUAGUGGAAGAUGUGUUAGUUCAGGUGGAUAAGUUCGUAUUUCCUGUCGAUUUUAUAGAGGUAAAAAUGGAGGAAAACAAGGAGGUCCACCUCAUCCUAGGAAGACCAUUCUUAACAACGGGUAGAGCGAUAUUGGAUAUACAUGAGAGAAAACUCAUGCUUAGAGUAGGUGAGGAGAAUGUGACUUUCAAGAUGGAUGUCGAAAAGUUGGCACGAAAGGAAAACCCAGCUGUAACUGUUAAGUGGAAAGUGAAGGGCUCAAAAGAGAAAAAUGCGGUGAGAGAGAAAGAUAAGUGUGGGUUGUACUCCAAUAAGGCUGAGAAGAAGUUGUCUGCAUGGAUGUGUGCAUUAGUUCGGGCGCGAGGAACGGAGCCCGACUUUGACUCAGACCCCGACUAG